GGUUUUUUUUUCAACUUUUAGCCUUUUUUAGAUCAUAAAAGAUGGGAAAAGUUCAUGGAUCGCUUGCACGUGCAGGAAAAGUAAAAUCACAAACACCUAAGGUGGAGAAACAGGAGAAACCUAAGUCUCCGUGUGGAAGAGCACAUAAACGACUUCAAUAUAAUCGUCGAUUUGUUAAUUAUGUAUCAUUUGCAGGAGGAAAACGAAAGAUGAAUCCUGCACCGACUUCGUGAAAUUUUGUUUUUUAAUUCUUAAAAGAAUGUAUAAAAC